AGUUUGGCGUCGCACUUCGCUCCUGGGACUAAGGAGCGGGCGGGGCUUCUGACAAGAACUCGGGAGCCAGUGAAGGGCGAACGAGGAAAAAGAAAAGGGAGGACGGGCGCCAGUCUGACAGACAGCAAAGGGAGCUCUGCGGUUCGGCCAUUCUUCGUCGAGAAGGAGAAGGGGGAGGGAGGGAGGGAGGGAGGGAGGCGCAGCAGAAGGACGGGGAGGAGGAGAAUUGAUCGGAGAAAGGUUCGGUGGCGUUGGUGCUUCGGUCGGGCGAGAGGGGAGGGGUGUGUCGGUGCACGCAGUCAUGCCCCUCUUUAGCCAGUCCUCGGAGCACGUCGACUCCGAACCUUCUGUGACUCGGUGGUCGUUUCAGGAUUUUGAACACGCAUAUGAAAUGAAAUUUGCCAGCAAGUGGAUCAAGGGCUCCUCUCACACCGAGAAUCAACCGAUGACAAACGGAAAUGGUCAGCACCAACAGUCUGAUGGUGUUCAAGCUUCUCAGAGCCCAAGCUCCACUCCAGAAAAUGGAGUGGUUUCCAGGAACAAAAUACCUCCAAGUACGGCAGUUUACGAACAGUACUUGAACAAGAAGACUGGUGAUACUCAAGCUUCCAAUGGCUCGUCAACUGAGAAACAAGAUGAAACAUGGCCUCCGAAGGCACUGCCAGAUUUUGGUUCACCGGAGAUGAACGAGCUGGCACAAAGCAUUACGAGAGAUAUUGUGCGGGAUACUUCUGAUGUCCGAUGGGAUAGUAUUAAGGGUUUAGAAAAUGCCAAACGACUCAUGAAGGAGGCAGUGGUGAUGCCCAUCAAGUACCCUCAAUACUUUAAAGGCCUUCUGUCACCAUGGAAGGGAAUUUUGCUGUUUGGACCUCCUGGAACUGGAAAGACUAUGCUGGCGAAGGCUGUCGCAAGCGAGUGUAACACUACAUUCUUCAACAUAUCUGCUUCUUCAAUUGUCAGCAAAUGGCGAGGUGAUUCCGAGAAACUAGUGAAGGUUUUGUUUGAGCUUGCACGUCACUUUGCACCCUCCACAAUUUUUCUGGAUGAGAUUGAUGCCAUCAUUAGUCAGCGUGGCGAUGGACGCAGUGAACAUGAGGCCAGCCGGAGGCUGAAGACAGAGCUGCUUGUCCAGAUGGACGGCUUGAUGAAGUCUAAUGACUUGGUAUUUCUACUGGCUGCCACAAACCUGCCGUGGGAGCUUGAUGCAGCCAUGCUUCGACGGCUUGAGAAGCGUAUUUUGGUUCCCCUACCAGAGCCGGAGGCACGCCGCGCAAUGUGUGAAUCGCUUCUACCGAAGACAGUUAACGCAGAUCUACCCUACGAUGCUAUGGUGGAAUUGACAGAGGGAUACUCGGGUUCAGACAUACGUAUCGUGUGCAAGGAGGCAGCCAUGCGGCCUUUGAGGAGGCUAAUGACUGAACUCGAAAGGCUCGAGAAGGAAGCACAUACUGAAGAAGACCUUCCACAAAUAGGCCCCAUAACUGAGGAGGAUGUGAGAAUCGCUCUUGAGACAACAAGACCCUCGGCGCAUCUGCUGGCAGAUCGAUAUGAACAAUUUGAUGCAGAUUUUGGAAGUCGUGCUGUUUGACACCGCCGACUUCAGGGAAAUACCUUUUUUCAGUAUUGUAUAGGUCUUGCUUGUGCUGGGAAGAAAACAAAUUGCUUUCAUCUUACUCUUUUUCAGCUAUUUAGGUCGAUAAAAGACUCUACGCUAUUCUUGGAUGAAGUAAUAAAAUUCUACAGAAGAUAGAUAAAUUAUUGGAAAUUUUCAACUGCUGCACAAAUAAUUAGGACCUUAGAAGCAGACUUAUACAGAUUGACUCAAUCAUUUGUAAAGAUUCGAUAUUCUUCUAUGAAGGUUUUAGUCUCUCGUC